AUGGUCAAGGCUUCAGGAUCUAAGAAUCCAAUGGUGAUGGGAAUUGUUGACUUGCUCAUUUUGGAUCGGAUUGAGAAUGAGGACUAUAGUAUCUUGUAUGCCUCCAGUGCAAAUGCUAUAAUUGUGAACUAUCCAUGGCCAUAUAAUACAUCUGAAGCUUUGGAUUUGGCGGAAAAAUUAGAAGAAAAUGAAAAUGCCUCUGCCAAAGAUGAGGCUGAUUACAUUUUAAAGAUAAAAAAGAGGAUAAUGUCAAUAGAGGCAUCGUCUCAGGUUCUUGGACCCAAACAUUUGGCUACCUCUUCUAAUAUAAGUGAAGCCGCAUCAUCUUCGGGAUCAAAUAAGAGAGUUGCAGAUGUAGAUGGGCAGGAGGUGCUCUAUAAAAGGGUUCAAAUGUUGAAGAGCAUGCAUUUCUCCGAACUUCAUAAGUUCUACCGUGAAAUAGUUGUCGAUCUUCUGCAGAAUCAUUCUUCUCCUCAGAAUACGACAUUGAAAGCAGCUUGUAUACCAUCACACACAAGGUUAAAGAAGAUCCUAGAGGAAACUUUUGCGUUCUUAAAUGUGACUAAAAGCCAGAUUAGCCCUGAUUUCAAGUCGAAACUGGAUGAUAUGGAAACGCAAAUCCGUGCGACUCUAUUACACAUGAGUCUCGUUCCACGUCUCGAUGACAAGUGUUCAAUACAACAGGCUGUCCCAUCACAAUCUGGAGUCUCUAAAGACGAUUUAUCUGAAAUGCAGCUAACACUGCCAUCAACGAGCCUACAGAGUUCUCAUUUGUCAAAGCAAAUUCCCAAUCAAAACAAGAUGAACCAGCAGGUGAAAUCAGCUAAGUCAGAACAAGAUAACCCAGAGUCGUUGACGCAGCAAGUGGCCAAGGAAUACAGCAUUUCACAGAAGCAUGAAACUCCAUUAUCUGCAGCCACUUCUGAUCAAUCUAGUCCUGCAAUCCAGCGCUUGGUUAAAGUGGUGUCAUCCAUGUCACACAAGUCAUUAAGUGAAUCUAUUAGUGAAAUUAGAGAUGUAAUCUGUUUCUCUGAUAUAUCGUCAGCACCAUUCGAGAGGCCAGAGAAUGUGAUUCGCUCAAAUUCGGUAUUAGAUCUUGGUGCAGAUUCACAAUCAGGAUACUCAAAAUUUGGUGAUUUUCUAACGAGAGAAACUAAGAUUAGAAGCUGCCAUGAUGCAAUGCCCAUACAUACUGAUUCAUUAUUCGCAAGUACAUCUGAAUCGUUUAAUCUAUUGACUGAUGCUGAUGAAUCUGACUUAAAUUCAGUCAGACCUCAGGUCAAAUGGCCUAUGAAUGGGGGAAAACAUGCUCUUCUAGAAGAAAUAACGGAGGUGAAGAAGUUAUUAUUGGACAGUGAGGUUGUUAUAAAUGAAGCAGACAUCAUUCCAAGUGUGGCUGCAGGAGCUGCCGAGCAAGGUGAUGGAUUAAUUGUGGAAUUGUAUUUCACAGGGGUAACUGUGAGUUUGGAACCUACGCCACACCUUGUUCUCAAUCUAAGGUCAAUGAUCAAACCGCUUCGGUUGCUUAUUCCUACAAGCUAUCCAAUUUUCUCUCCAAUUCUUUUAGAUGAAAUGCCAACAGAAUCCAGAGGCGAAUCGGACGAUGAUCUGUUGACAAAAGCGAAACUCAAGCUCCAGAGUUCUCUUCAAAGCCUGACACAUCCCUUGUUGAUUAAGGACAUAGCAAUGUCAUGGGAAAGAUGUGUCAGAGAAGCAAUAUUUGAUUAUGCACAGAAGCUUGGUGGUGGAACCUUUAGUUCCAAAUAUGGAGGGUGGGAGAAUGUUGAAGGAACUUAGCAUGAACAUGCUUAUUAGUCACCAACAUGAACUUAAUCUUUCAUAUGGUGAUGAUACAAGAAAUUGUUGUAGGUCAAUUAAGCAUAAGGCAGCAUAAUGGACUGUGCCUCUGAACUGUGUUUCUUUUUUCUUCAUUAAAAGCUCAUGCUAGUUCGGUGCAGAUGACAUAGUGUGAACUACCUUUCAGAUUCUCUGUAUCGUUAUAAUACACUCAAGAUAGUGCAGUUACAUUUGCACUUCUGUAAUCAUGAAAUUAGAAUAAACUCAUACCCGUAGAUAUUAAAGUGAUACAAAAAUAAUCUUUGAAGGUGACAGUUGAUAUGGGUGAAAGUUUUGGACACUUACAUGUACAGGGGAACCAAAUAUUCAACAUUUAUGUUCCAUGAAAUUUGAAUCUUUAUCAUG